CUCGGUAUGGCUUGCCGUCUUUCAGUGUGAGCCAAGAUCUACUUAGGGUUCCUGUGUCGCAGGUAGACAUAUAUCCGUCCAUCACCACCUCGUGCAAACGGCACACGUGCAUUCCCCUGUUUGACUCACCAUCAACCUACGCACCAGCUAUGUCCAGUCCAUCGCCUUCCAGUGAUCAACCUCAAUCUCGCAAUCGUCCUGGCUCUGCAUGCGCGGAAUGCCGUCGCCGAAAGAUGCGUUGUGACGGGAAGCAUCCUCAAUGCAUUAAUUGUUCUAACGCGGGUAUAACAUGUGUCUUUAACCCGCAGCCUUCCCGCCGGGGUCCCAAGAAAGGCCAUCUGAAAACCUUGCAGGUGCGCAUCGCGAAUCUUGAGAAUAUACUGUUUGGACAGACACAAGAUCCCGUGUCCGCAGACACAUCCACAAACGGUGAUGUUGCUGCGCAACCCACAGUGCAUGGCUGGAAUGGGGAGCCCCAGUUAAAUGUACUUCUCAACGAGUUCAACGCCCCAGCGGGGGCACCAAGCGUAGGGUCAGUGCCGGUUUCGAACUUAUUACAUGCCGAACUUGACCAGUUGUAUUUUGAUCGUGCACACGCUUUCGUUCCCAUUCUCAACGCACGGCGCUACCUUUCCUGGACCCGGAACACCAACAAGUCCGUAUCGAGAAGAUGCUUGCAGUACGCCAUGUGGACGAUAACUACAUCCAUGUCCGUCCAGCUGGAGCAUCUAUGCGAGCCCCUGUACCAGUCUGUUCGGCAGCUCCUAGGCUAUCUACAACUAGUAGAUGGUGAUUCCGAGGUUGACCAGAUAGAGCAUAUUCAGGCUUUACUGAUACUUGCUGUUUACGAAUUCACUCACCAAAACUUCCGUCGCGGGUGGGUGAGCGCCGGUCAGGGCAUCCGACUUGUGCAGCUGAUGGACCUGCACAAGCUUGAUCUUGAUAAGGCGAACAAUACAGGAUCUCACCAAGCGAGUACAUUGGAGGAUCUCGUCUGUGCGGAGGAGAAGCGUCGCGUCUUCUGGGUAGCGUACAUUCUGGACCGACUUAUCUCCUUAAGACAUGAGAGCCCGUUGACCUUUGACGAGCGAACUAUUGCAACCCGACUGCCCGCCACAGAGGAGACGUUCCAGACAGGUCAAUUAAGCCAGAUGACUGGUUUCCUCUCGAAAACCAUUAUUGAAGAUAGACCCCUACUCAAAGCAGAGCUUUCGGAAAUGGUCAUCCUAGCCUCACUUUGUGGGAAAACGGUAUUGCACCGACAGCAGGCAGUCGCGGAGCAAGCCGACAACGGCAUAUCCAACAGCUUCUGGGAGCGACAUCGCUGGCUAGAUGCUGUACUAAUUAAGAAGAGUCGGACCAUCUCGGCAGUCCAGCCAGUAACGCCCACUCUGCCAGCCGAACCGGUGUCUCUUACCCCCAAUCUUAUGAUACAAUCGGCUAUUCUAUACCACUGUAUGACGCUGGAGCUACUGGCUCGCGCGACUGAGAAUAGCGAGACGCUGCGGCAAUGUCGACAGCGGGCACUCCUGACUGUACAGGAGAUUAUCCGACUGACAGAGGCAGUGUUACAGCUGAGUUAUUUCGAGAUUUCCCCGUUCACACCGCUUCCCAUACUUCUCUGCGCCCAAGUGCUCAUGAUGUAUCAAGAAACAGAUGCCUCGUGCAUGCUGCAGCUGCAGGAAGUUUUAGGUAUGGUGCAAAAUUUGGCGAAUAAUAAUUAUCUUUGCCGGGAAUGGGUUAAUCAACACUCUGAUCUGUUUGAUCUCGAACCCGACUUUGUCCUUGCUGAGGCGGAGAGCCAUGGUUAA